CUUUUCACUUCAAUUUCACAUGUUCAUUCCGCCGACGGCGAAUUCGACGUCAGUAACCACCGACCGCCGCUACCGAAACUCGCGAUCGAUUUCUCUUUGCCUCUGCCAAUCUCUGAUCUUUCGAGAUGUUGUUUUCGAAACCGAUGAAUCAACUGCAAAGGCUUCUUCUCUCUGCUCGUCGCGUAUCUUCUUCCCCAAUCACACCUCCUCCGUCGUGUUUACUUCACAAGCGGCUGUUCUCGACUUCAGAUACUGAUGCUUCGGCUGCAUCUUUACCCUCUUCGCAUCAGACAGUGCAAACGCUUGAAAGCAAAGCUUCCAGUAAAAGCCGAAACACAUCUUCAACAACAUCUUUGAAUCAAGAUGAACUUGCCAAAUUCUCUGCCAUUGCUGAUACCUGGUGGCAUUCUGAAGGACCCUUUAAACCGUUGCAUCUAAUGAAUCCAACACGCUUGGCUUUCAUCCGGUCGACCUUAUGCAGGCAUUUCAGUAAGGAUCCGAGUUCUGCUAGGCCUUUUAAAGGACUGAGAUUUAUCGAUGUAGGUUGUGGCGGAGGACUACUUUCUGAGCCUCUAGCACGGAUGGGAGCAACUGUCACAGGUGUUGAUGCUGUUGAUAAGAAUGUCAAAAUUGCUCGUCUUCACGCUGAUAUGGAUCCAGUGACUUCAACGAUUGAAUAUCAAUGCACUACAGCAGAAAAGCUGGUGGAUGAAGGGAGGACGUUUGAUGCUGUUCUUGCCUUAGAGGUCAUCGAGCAUGUAGCGAACCCUGCAGAAUUUUGCAAGUCGUUGUCAGCAUUGACCAUCCCUAAUGGGGCCACCUUACUUUCUACAAUUAAUCGCUCUAUGCGAGCAUAUGCAUCAGCCAUUGUUGCAGCAGAGUACAUUCUACGUUGGCUUCCUAAAGGCACGCACCAGUGGUCAAGUUUUCUAACUCCUGAAGAAGUUACUAUGAUAUUACAACGUGCUUCAAUCGAUGUGAAAGAGAUGGCUGGAUUUGUGUUCAACCCGAUAACAGGAAGAUGGUUAUUGUCAGACGAUAUUAGUGUCAACUUCAUCGCUUACGGGACCAAAAGGAAGGAUCUUGAAAGCAUAUAAUCAAUCGUUCGAGUUGUGCUUCUCUGCAAAUCUGCUUCUCAGUUACAUCUCUAGUUUAUGCUUAAAAAGCUUUUAGUUAUAGGUAUUCUGGAAGUAAUUAGCUCAAAACACGGGCAGUAGUUAAAUUUACAAUAAGUAGGAAUGGUUAGGGGAACAUUCCAAAUGUUAGUUUUGUCUGUUUUGCAUCAGCAGAUUUGUUCUUCCGGUUUAUACUUAAUAUCAUCUGAGACUAUAAGAUUUGGUUCUGUUUGUUGAUAUUUUAGAGUACAUUUCCCACGGAAAUACGUCCGGAGGACAAAAACUACUAUUUUCCUUUUCGUUGUAUACAAAAGAGAUACAAAACUCA